UCUUGCCGCUCGACGUGAACGGUGACAGACGGGGACCUGCCGUCGGAGCGGAGCGCGCGCGGUGAGAGUGGCGAGAGGAGGGGUGGGGAGAGAGAGCGAAGGGGACAGAUAUAGGUGGACGACGGUCCCUUGACGCGGUACGCGCCUAUGUCAACCCGUCGCCUAUGCCUCACUCCACGUACGAUCGCAGCAGAGGCUAGUCGGAAGCAGCGGAGAAUAGCCUGAGGAGGAGGAGGGAGGAGGUGGUGAGGUGAGGUGAGGUGAGGUGAGGAGAGUAUCGAUACCACGGUCGAGUGCUAGGUACACACGCGUACACACGCGCGCGCGAGCGAGCGAGCGCACACGCACCUUCGUCAUCGUCGCCGUCGCCGUCGCCUCCGCUCGCAAUGGCAAUGGAGACGCCGCGGGAGCGCGAGAUCGCCGCCGAGGACAGCAUCAAGGUGGUCUGCAGAUUCCGGCCGCUCAACGACUCCGAGGAGAAGGCCGGCUCCAAGUUCAUCGUCAAGUUCCCGUCCGGCGGCGACGAGAACUGCAUCUCCAUCGGGGGCAAAGUAUACCUCUUUGAUAAAGUGUUUAAACCAAAUGCCACGCAAGACAAAGUCUACAAUGAGGCCGCCAAGUCGAUCGUCACGGAUGUUCUGGCGGGAUACAACGGAACCAUCUUUGCGUAUGGUCAAACAUCGUCAGGUAAAACGCACACGAUGGAGGGAGUCAUUGGCGAUUCUAACAAGCAGGGCAUUAUCCCGAGAAUUGUCAAUGACAUCUUCAAUCAUAUCUACGGCAUGGAGGAGAACUUGGAGUUCCAUAUCAAAGUGUCCUACUUUGAGAUUUACAUGGAUAAAAUCAGAGAUCUUCUCGAUGUAUCUAAGGUUAACUUAAGCGUACACGAAGACAAGAACCGGGUGCCGUUCGUGAAGGGUGCGACCGAGCGGUUUGUUUCUAGUCCUGAGGAGGUGUUCGAGGUGAUAGAAGAGGGCAAGUCAAACCGACAUAUCGCCGUGACCAACAUGAACGAGCACAGCUCACGUUCCCAUUCCGUUUUCCUCAUAAAUGUCAAACAAGAGAAUUUGGAGAAUCAAAAGAAGCUCUCCGGUAAACUGUACCUUGUCGAUUUAGCCGGCUCCGAAAAGGUUUCUAAAACCGGUGCGGAAGGAACGGUGCUAGAUGAGGCGAAGAACAUCAACAAAUCCCUGUCUGCACUUGGUAAUGUAAUCUCGGCCUUGGCUGAUGGCAAUAAGACUCACAUUCCUUAUCGCGACUCCAAGCUAACGAGAAUCCUGCAAGAAUCCCUGGGUGGCAACGCCAGGACCACGAUCAUCAUCUGUUGCUCUCCCGCUAGCUUCAACGAAUCUGAAACGAAAUCGACCUUAGAUUUCGGUAAACGCGCCAAGACCAUCAAGAACGUUGUAUGCGUCAACGAGGAACUCACGGCCGAAGAGUGGAAACGUCGCUACGAACGCGAGAAGGAGAAGGUGGCGAGAUGGAAAGGCAAGGUGGACAAAUUGGAGGCCGAAUUGUCGCGUUGGCGGCAGGGUGAGACCGUUAGACCGGAGGAGCAGGUCAGCCUCGUCGAAGGACCGGAUGUUACCACGCCGAUCAUUGCGCCCAUCGAAAGCAAACUGGACGACAGUCCGAUGCCUGCUACUCCCGGUGGCGGUCUUAUGAUUGGUUCCCUCUCGAACGAGGAGAGGCAGAAGCUCGAGGAAGAACGUGAGAGGCUGUACCAACAGCUGGAUGAGAAGGAUGAGGAGAUCAAUCAACAGUCGCAGUAUGUCGAGAAGCUAAAGGAGCAGAUUGAGGAACAGGAGGAACUUAUCGGCAGCACUCGGCGAGAUUACGAGCAGCUGCAGCAGGAGAUGAACCGAAUACAGCAGGAGAACGAGAGCGCUAAGGAGGAAGUGAAGGAGGUGCUGCAGGCGUUGGAAGAGCUCGCGGUCAAUUACGAUCAGAAGUCGCAGGAGGUCGAACUGAAGAACAAGGAACAGGAAUCGAUGACGGAGGAGCUGCUGGCUAAGCAAGUAACUCUGAACAACACCGCGUCCGAGCUGCAACAGUUACGUGACAUGUCGGCGCAUCAGAGGAAACGCAUCGCGGAAAUGCUGGCAAACUUCCUGAAAGAUCUGGGGGAGAUCGGCGUGGCUAUCGGUGGCGAGUCUAACGAAAAUCUCAAAAUUUCUCCGCCGGAGAACAAUGGUAAGCUGGAGGAGGAGUUCACGGUGGCGCGACUGUUCAUCAGUAAGAUGAAGUCCGAGGUGAAGAAUUUGGUCCAGCGAUGUCAGGGAUUGGAAAGCUUCCAAGUAGACUGUAAUAAGAAAGUAUCCGAGUACGAGAAGGACUUGGCCGAGUGCCGGCUGUUGAUCUCGCAGCACGAGGCCCGUAUGCAAACGCUGGCGGAAUCGAUGAAGGAAGCGGAGACGCGCAAGCGAGCUCUCGAGGAGGACGUGGACGCGUUGCGCGAGGAAUGCGCCAAGUUGAAGGCUGCCGAGCAGGUGCAGGCGGUCACCAACAAGGAGAAGGCUGAGGAGAAAGAGGCGGCGACGAAGAUGCGGAUGACCUUGGAGGAGCAGAUGGAUCAGCUGAGAAAUGCGCAUCAAAAACAGGUUGCCGCGCUUAGGGACGAACUGUCUGAGAAGCAGGAGUUGAUCAGCGAGCUCAAGGACCUGAAUCAGAAAUUCACUCUGGCGCACCAGCAGAUGCAGGCCGAUUACGAACGGCUGAAGCAAGAGGAGGCUAACAAGUCGGUCAAGCUGCAGGAACUCGUGUUGCUGAACGAGCGCCGGGAACAAGCGAGAAAAGAUCUCAAAGGUUUGGAAGACACGGUAGCCAAAGAACUGCAGACCCUGCACAAUCUGCGCAAAUUGUUCGUCCAGGACCUGCAGGCUAGAAUAAAGAAGACCAUCAGCGCGGAGGAUAACGAGGACGAUGGCGGUUCCCUCGCGCAGAAGCAAAAGAUAUCCUUCUUGGAGAACAAUUUGGACCAGCUGACAAAGGUGCACAAACAACUCGUCAGGGACAACGCAGACCUCCGCUGCGAGUUGCCUAAACUAGAGAAACGUCUGCGAGCGACGAUGGAGCGCGUCAAGGCCCUGGAGACGGCGCUGCGCGACGCCAAGGAGGGCGCGAUGCGAGACCGUAAGCGCUACCAGUACGAGGUGGAUCGGAUCAAGGAAGCGGUUAGGCAAAAGAAUCUGGCGCGUCGCGGACCGAGCGCGCAGAUCGCGAAGCCGAUCCGGGCCGGUCAGCACCACCUGAGUAACGUCAACGCCAUCAGAACCGGCAAUCGUGAUUCACUUAAUUAAAAAGCCUACGUUGCGUGUCGUGUCGGUUUGUUCGGUUUUGCGUUACGAAAAGGGUGGCGGUCCCCCAGGCAGCUCUGCGCUUUAGCGUAAGUGGGUCGAAUUUGUCACGUCUGCUAUCUUGGCACCAAGCUUGCCGCGCGGUUUCGUUAAUUAAGGAGGAAAUAAGCGAAUGAAAAGAAAGCAAACAAACCUCGCGACGUUCCUUUUUAGCGUACGAUCGAAUCGCAUCUUUUUUUGCACGGCCGAGUUUAAUUAUUUGAGACGUUCUCGGUUGCGAUUAUUACCGCCGUAUCAUUUAUUAUAUCGUGGCGUCACGUAUGUUGAUUUCACGAAAUAUGAAAUUUUUAUUUGACUGAUCAACGUA